GAGACAGCCAAUCAGGUUGACUCCCUGCUACGUUAGCACAGCUCUGGAAAAACAACAGUACCGUCUCAAUUUAUUUCCUGUUAGCAUUCGCAGCAUAGCCACUGAUCAAACCGACCGUGUAAAAUGUUAAAUUAACGAAAGCGUUUGCACUUGGUUGAUGCAACCUUUGUUUUGGAUUUAGUGUACGUGUUAAGGCAGAGCUGUGACGCGCCUUGCUAGCUUACUGUAGCUAACAUCGGCGACCCAACCGAGAAAGAUGGGGUCCAUCCUGAGUCGCAGAAUCGCUGGUGUUGAGGAUAUCGAUAUCCAGGCCAACUCGGCCUAUCGAUUUCCCCCGAAAUCUGGUAAUUAUUUUGCGAGCCACUUCUUUAUGGGAGGAGAGAAAUUUGACACACCACAUCCAGAGGGAUACCUUUUUGGAGAAAACAUGGACCUGAAUUUUCUUGGAAAUAGGCCAGUCCAGUUUCCGUAUGUGACGCCUGCACCCCAUGAGCCUGUGAAAACCCUGAGGAGUCUGGUCAACAUUAGAAAGGACUCUCUGCGUUUGGUCAGGUAUAAAGAUGACUCUGACACUCCGGUGGAGGAAGGGGGAAAACCAAAAGUUCAGUAUGGUGUGGAGUUCACCUUUGAUGCUGAUGCUCGAGUGGCCAUCACCCUCUACUGCCAAGCGUUUGAGGAGUUUUCUAAUGGGAUGGCAGUGUACAGCCCAAAGAAUCCAUCACUGGUCUCUGAAACUGUGCAUUACAAGCGAGGGGUGAGCCAACAGUUCUCCAUGCCAUCUUUCAAAUUAGAUUUCUGUGAGUGGAAAGAGGAAGAUCUGAACUUUGACCUUGACCGAGGAGUGUUUCCCAUGGUAAUCCAAGCUUUGGUUGAUGAAGGGGACGAUUGCCUUGGACAUGCUCACGUCCUUUUGGCAGCCUUUGAAAGACACGUUGAUGGCAGUUUCUCCGUCAAGCCUCUCAAGCAGAAGCAAAUUGUGGACCGUGUGAGCUACCUCUUACAGGAGAUCUAUGGGAUUGAGAACAAAAACAACCAAGAAACAAAGCCAUCUGACGAUGAGAACAGUGACAACAGCAAUGAGUGCGUUGUCUGUCUGUCUGACCUGCGAGAUACACUCAUCCUGCCCUGCAGACAUCUGUGUCUCUGCAACUCUUGCGCAGACACUCUGCGUUACCAGGCCAACAACUGUCCAAUCUGCCGACUGCCCUUCAGAGCCUUGCUGCAGAUCAGAGCUGUGAGGAAAAAGCCUGGUGCUCUUUCCCCUGUGUCCUUCAGCCCUGUUCUGGCUCAGACUAUGGACCAUGACGAGCACUCUAGCACAGACUCGGUUCCUCCCGGCUUUGAACCCAUCUCACUGUUAGAGGCUUUGAAUGGUCUGCGAUCAGUUUCUCCUGCCAUCCCAACUGCACCCCUCUACGAUGAAAUCAACUUCUCAGGGGGUGUGGGUGGUGACAGCAGACAGCUGAGCUCCCCGGAGCAUUUAAGUGAUGGGAGUCUGCAGAAAGGAAAAGUCAGCAAGUCACCUGACAGUACCCUUAGGUCUCCAUCGUCUCCCAUCCAGGAAGAAGAUGAGGAAAAGUUGUCUGAAAUGUCUGAUGCUCAGCCUCACACACUUCUGUCCAGCAGCCCCGCCCCCACUGACGCCACAGCAACCGAGGACGUGGCAGAAUCCCUGUCUCCAGAUGACGAGGACAGGAUGCAUUCUGGAGGAGACAUCCUACAGGACUGCAGCAGUGAACACAGCAGCUUGACCAAAACAGAGAGCGACCCACCGGGCAACUUGUCUCUGCCAGCUCUUGGUCCCGAUUCCUGCUCUAUUGGUAUGGAGGAAUAACUGUGGUUCAUCAGAGUCAACAGAAAGCCUGAAAAGUCAGAGCACAAACUGCUCCAGCCAGCCUCUCCUGUGUCCCACGAGCAGCCUUCAUUUGGAAGAUGAGCACCUCAACCCCUGACUCUGAUCCAGUGUCAGAUUUAUUCAUUGCAAAGAUCAUCCAGUCCCUCUAUUCCUUUUACCCUCCAGCCCAGUCUUCUGCUUCAGUGAUUAGAGCCAACGAGGGCCCUUAAAG